AUGCAUUUUAAAACUAAAUUAAAAAAUCGAAGAAAUGAAGUAAAUACCUGUUUGUGUAUUGGGUUGGAUCCUGAUGAAGAUGAUAUAAAAAACUUUAUGAGGAAUGAAGAAAAAAAUGGAUAUAAAAAUGUCAAAAACAACAUGAACAGUAAUAAUAAUAGAAUAGAAAAUGUCAUCAAAAUAGGAAAGGAAAUACUACUAACAGAUGAAGAAAAUAUAGAAAAUUUAAGUGAAGAAGAUAAGUUUUUUUAUUUCUUUAACCACUUUUGUUUUUAUAUAAUUAAUAACACAAAAGAAUAUGCUUUGAUAUAUAAAAUGAAUUUUGCAUUUUACAUUCCAUAUGGCUCAGUUGGAAUAAAUGCUUUAAAAAAUGUGUUUGAUUAUUUAAAUAGUAUGAAUAUACCAACUAUGCUUGAUAUGAAAAUAAAUGAUAUCGGGAAUACAGUUAAAAAUUAUAGAAAAUUUAUAUUUGAAUACUUAAAAAGCGAUUCAUGUACUAUUAAUGUAUAUAUGGGAACAAGUAUGUUAAAGGAUAUUUGUUUUGAUUAUGAAAAAAAUAAGUAUUAUAGUGCUUACGUACUUAUUAAAACGACGAAUAAAGAUUCAUUUAUUUUUCAAAAUGAACUUUCGAUAAAUGAUAAGCAAGCAUAUAUAGUUAUGGCAGAAGAAACACAAAAAAUGGCAACAGAUUUAAAAAUCGAUCAAAAUAAUGAAUUUAUCGGUUUUGUAGUUGGUUCGAAUGCUUUCGAAGAAAUGAAAAUAAUCCGAAAUAAAUUCCCAGACUCUUAUAUUUUAUCACCAGGAAUAGGAGCACAAAAUGGAGAUUUGUAUAAAACCCUUAAAAAUGGAUAUAAUAAAGAUUAUGAAAAAUUACUAAUAAAUGUUGGAAGGGCUAUAACAAAAAGUCCAAACCCCAAAAAAUCUUCUGAAUCUUACUAUAAUCAAAUUAUUCAAAUUUUUAAAGACAUAGAAAAUGGUGGUAAUAUUGAACAAGUGUACUUAUAA